UGUUGUGUUUGGUUUCUUAGGGGAGAAGGAGGAUUUGAUGGUCAGAAGGUGGAUCAGUUUCAUCGCCACACAAGUCCCUCAGCAUUUUAAUGUCUUUUAUUUCAUUUGUUUUGAUUACAAAUGCAUCGAUCAGGCCUGUAGUGUGUUUUUGUUUCAUCAUGCCUCUUGAUCUGGACUGUGACGCAGCGGAGAACAAAACGAGUCCAGAGGCUAAACAAAAAGUGUGUGAGGUCACACAUGAAGAGAGAGUGACGGACACACCAACACGAAGAGUCGGACGACCCGCACGAAAACGUAAAGCACCAGGAGUGGAUAGUUGUGGGAGUGUGAUUGAGGGUGUGGCCUGUAUGAAGCAGGCGGGGUGUAACGGUGAAGCAGAGAAUCGGGUUUCAAAGAAAAACCUUGAACAGAGCGACUCCUCCCCUGACUCCACCCACCAAAACGGCACAGACACGCCUUCUGGAGCAGACGGAGACUCUGCCCCUUCCACUCCACGGAAGAAACGAGGGAGACGGAAACUCCAGCACCCGGAGCGACACAUUGAAGAGGACGAUACCAGCAGCGACACCAGCAGAGGAGAGAGCGACGGGGGUCGUCUGAGGGGCCGGCAGGGCUGGGACAUCAGUUUGAGGAGACGUCCCGUACAAAGAGAAACCUUCCAAGCCGGAGACCCCUAUCAUAUUAGCCGCAGAGAGAAAGAGGAGUUGCUCGCCCGCUGGAGGAAGGAGAAGGUCAGAGAGACACCAGAAGAGGAGAAGGCCCAACUGGGGAUCACCAUGAGUGACAUAAUGGACGACCAAUCAGCUGUGGGCUCUCAGAAGGAGGAGGAGUCAGCUAUCAACCUCCCAUCCACACCCACACCUCAGCAGCAGCACACUGACCCCGCCUCCCCAACGGUUGCCACGACACCCGAGCCGCCUCCCGUCGCCUGCGGCAACAAAGUGAUGACGAGAUCCUCAGAGAUAGAUCUGGAGUAUGAGGAUGGCCGUGGGUUCGGGAUCGGAGAGCUGGUUUGGGGGAAGCUGCGGGGAUUCUCCUGGUGGCCCGGCCGGAUCGUGUCUUGGUGGAUGGCAAGCCGCAGUCGGGCCGCUGAAGGCACCCGCUGGGUCAUGUGGUUUGGUGAUGGCAAAUUCUCAGUGGUGUGUGUGGAAAAGCUGUUGCCCUUGAGCACAUUUUGCACGUCUUUUCAUCAGCCCACCUACAACAAACAGCCCAUGUACAGAAAAGCCAUCUAUGAAGUUUUACAGACGGCAGGUAUGCGUGCCGGGAAACCGUUCCCUGUGUGUGUGUCCGCCGAUGACCCGGACAUAUCGAACAGUGUUGAAGUGCUCACGCAGCAGAUGAUUGAAUGGGCCAGCAAUGGGUUUCUCCCUUCUGGUGCCAAAGGCCUGGAGCCGCCACCAGCGGAGCGGAGCCCUUAUACUGAGGUGUAUCCAGAGAUGUGGGUGGAGCCUGAGGCCGCUGCGUACACGGCUCCGCCCCCUGCCAAGAAACCCAGGAAGAACAGUGUCGAGAAACCCAAAAUCAAAGAGAUUAUUGAUGAAGGAACUCGAGAGAGACUCGUGUAUGAAGUCAGACAAAAGUGUCGCAAUAUUGAAGAUAUUUGUAUUUCCUGUGGAAGUCUGAACGUUGCACUAGAACAUCCUCUGUUUAUCGGAGCCAUGUGCCAGAGCUGCAAGAACAGUUUCCUGGAGUGCGCGUAUCAGUACGACGAUGACGGUUAUCAGUCAUACUGCACCAUCUGCUGCGGAGGACGAGAAGUGCUCAUGUGUGGGAACAACAACUGCUGCAGGUGUUUCUGUGUGGAGUGUGUCGAUCUGCUCGUGGGGUCCGGAUCCGCACAGGCCGCUAUCCGUGAAGACCCCUGGAACUGCUACAUGUGCUGCAGCAGGAACGUCUCAGGCAUCCUUAGACGCAGAGAUGACUGGCCCUCACGACUGCAGCUGUUCUUCGCCAACAACCACGACCAGGACUUUGAACCGACAAAGUUGUAUUCACCAAUGGCAGCAGAGAACAGGCAGCCAAUCAGAGUGCUUUCUUUAUUUGAUGGCAUCGCUACAGGGCUGCUGGUGCUGAAGGAUCUGGGCAUUCAGGUGGAGCGGUACGUAGCGUCAGAGGUGUGUGAGGACUCCAUCACGGUGGGGAUCGUGCGACACCACGGAAAGAUCAUGUAUGUGGGAGACGUCAGGAACAUCACACACAAACAUAUUCAGGAGUGGGGGCCGUUUGAUCUUGUGAUCGGUGGAAGCCCCUGUAACGAUCUGUCCAUCGUCAACCCUGCCAGGAAAGGCCUGUUCGAGGGCACUGGGCGUCUGUUCUUCGAGUUCUACCGGCUGCUUCAUGAAGCGCGACCCAAAGAAGGAGACGAGCGACCGUUCUUCUGGCUGUUUGAAAAUGUUGUCGCCAUGGGAAUCAGUGACAAGAGAGACAUCUCACGCUUUCUGGAGUGUAAUCCAGUAAUGAUCGAUGCCAAGGAGGUGUCUGCCGCACACAGAGCGCGAUACUUCUGGGGAAACUUGCCUGGAAUGAACCGGUACAACUGCUUGAAAAUCUGCUGUAUGAGCAAGAUAAGAUGUGAAUGUUUCAGUUACAGUACAUGUGAAACAGGCAUGAAGAGUGAACAUCAGAAAAACAAGGGAACAAACUCUCUCUGUCUCUCUCUCAGUCCUUUGACUGCCAUGAUGAAUGAUAGACUCGAGCUGCAAGACUGUCUGGAACAUGGACGCACAGCUAAGUUCGGGAAAGUGCGAACCAUCACAACUCGCUCAAACUCAAUAAAACAAGGCAAAGACCAGCACUACCCCGUCUACAUGAACAAUAAAGAGGAUAUCCUGUGGUGCACGGAGAUGGAGAGAGUUUUCGGCUUCCCCGUCCAUUACACAGAUGUGUCCAACAUGAGUCGUCUCGCCAGGCAAAGGCUUCUGGGAAGGUCGUGGAGCGUGCCUGUGAUUCGCCACCUCUUCGCUCCGCUGAAGGAGUAUUUUGCCUGUUACUGAAGCUCCACCCACCACACAUCAUGAUGGCGUCGUGACAUCCCUCCUCUUCCUUUCCUGCAUAUCCAAUAAGUUCCACCUUCUUGUGGUUUCCAUUUUUGCUUGUGGCCUCUGAAUGGCUGGUGCUAUUCUAAUAUUACUAUUCAAUCCACUAGACAGCCACAUUUCAGAUAUUUAUUUGAAAACAAUUUAUUUGAGUCCAGACUUUUUUAUUUUCUUGUAUUUUAUUGUCCGUCGGUUUAGGGUUUUAUUUUUUUUCAUGUUCCAACUGUGACAACUCUUUCUCUCUCACACAACUGACAGAGGCAACAUGUGUGUGUGUUUGCAAGUGUAUGUUUGUCCGAGUGUGAAAAUAUAGAGCACAAAGCACUGGAUGACAAGGUGUGAAACAGAAGCAGACGCUCUUUGAAUACUCAAAGCAGACGAAUCCCGUCCCCCAACCCUAAAACUUAUGUUACCCCAUGAACUAACCAGGUAUGAUAUGGAAAUUUUCAAGAAUCAAGUCAUAAAUUGAUGUUUAAUAUAGAAAGAAUCUAACAGAAAAUAUGUCUAGGUCAUAUUUCAUCCUGAUACCAAAAGUAAAAGAAAAAAAAGUAAAUGAUUUGCAUUAUUUCAUUGACAAUUAAGCACAUUUACCCAAUAAAAUCUCAUAACUGUAUUUCAUAUAUAUAUAUAUAUAUA